GAGGUCUCCCGUCCCUGGAUAUACCAGAAUCCCCUCGCGGAUGACGCCAGGCGUUGGACGGCUGACAUCGCAGAUCCAGCGGUGGAGGCGUUCCACAAAGCUCUGCCAGACUACAACGAGACGCCACUCCGUGCUCUCGACGACGUCGCUUCCGAGCUUGGCCUGGCCCAUGUCUUCCUCAAAGACGAAUCUGCACGCUGUGGCCUCCCGGCCUUCAAGAUUCUGGGUGCCAGCUGGGCCGCCCACAACGCCAUCUGCAAGCACCUCCACCUCCCAAGCACAUCAUCUCUGCCCCAGGUAAGAGCAGCACUGGCCGAGGCUCAGGCAGCAGGCAAUGCAGUCCGCCUGGUCACUUGCUCGGAAGGAAAUUGGGGCAGAGCAUGCGCGCGCAUGUCGAGGAUUCUAGGCAUCGAAGCCACAAUUUACGUGCCAGGUUUCAUGAGUACAUCCACGCUGAAUCUGCUCCGCGACGAAGGAGCACAUGUGAGAGUGCUCAAGAACGGAAGCUACGAUGACUCGAUUGCCGCUACACGUAAGGAUUCACACGAGACCGGCGCGUUGAUGGUGAUGGACACCAGCUGGGCGGGCUAUGCUGAAGUGCCACAGUGGGUCACAGAUGGCUACAGCACAAUGUUGACGGAGACCGAUCGACAGGUCGCUGCCGUGGCUCCAGGCGUCAAGCCAAAUACCUUCUUCGCUUCGGUUGGCGUGGGAUCCUGGGCACAUGCUGUCGUGGCACACUACAAGGCUGCUGCUUCUGACAAUCGAAUCAUUAGUGUCGAGCCGACUGCGGCAGCGUCUCUGAAGGAGAGCCUGCACAUGAGAAAGCUGACGCCUAUCAAGACGCGCGAGACCAUCAUGGCCGGCAUGUGUUGUGGCACGACUUCAGACAUCGCGUGGCCUGUUUUGAAAUCUGGCACUCAUGCUGCGCUGACCGUCACCGACCAAGAAUCACAUGAGAGUGUGCAAUAUCUGCAACAACGGGGAGUCAAUGCAGGGCCUUGCGGAGCGGCGACCUUGGCUGCUCUGCGGAAGUAUGUUGCGGACGUUGAUCCAGAGGAGAGGAAAAGCAUGGUGGUCGUGCUCUUCUCCACUGAAGGCUGGCGAGAAUACGAAGUGCCC